ACUAUUUAUGAAACUGAUGAAAAAGGCAAACAAAGUAAGAUGACUUAAAAAUUAGGUUAUGUAUUUGGAACGAACGCACCCAUUUUUUUAUCUGUGGCGUUGUAGUGAGGGUGGGUCCCUGUGAAAAUUACAUAAAUAGUUCUAAAGAUGUAAGGUGGCCAUUUUGUUGACUGCGCGUGUGCGGACUCCAUUUGCGAUAUUGGGAUAAUCAAAAUCAUGGAAAAUGACGCAAAAGUAUUCGUUUCAAAUAUUACCAGAGCUGAAAAUAAUCAAAACAACAAUCUGUACGAUUUAUUAAAUAUAGUUCCUGCUAAACCCAAAAGACCAACUGUCUUAAAAACACAUAAUUGCGAUUUCAAACCUCAAACUGAUAAGUAUUACGUAUCGAAAAGAAAAACAAAACUUAAAGUAAAGACCGUCGGAGAUAUAAGAAAAAUAUUUGAACAGGACACUUAUUCAUAUCUAUCAACUGAUUUGGAAUCCCAAGAAAAACUUUUAUUUAAAAGAAUAAAACGUGGUUCUUCUAGAAAUGAUGAUACAAAAUCAUUAGCAAGCAGCAUAUUAAAACUUGAUAGACCCGUUUUUAGAUCAACAUGGGAAAUGUUGGUAAACCUGAACCCCGAACAGCAUGCUUAUCCUCGCCAAUUUGUCAUAUGGAAUGGAAAACAUAUUCAAGUCAAUGGUAGUUGUGGAGGCAGUAAAAAAAUUAUUUGCAAUUAUGAUUUGGCCUAUAAAAACCAGACUUCUCAAAAUUUCAACAAAAACAUUUGUACUCACUCUACUUUCGACCAAAAGAAAGGACUCAUACGCAAUUCGUUAGCAGUGAAAUUUAAACCAGGGCCUUUACGAAAGAAGUUUUGUCUUGACCAAUCACAUCAAAAAUAUCACAUUGGGAACGCAGAACUUAUAAAUCUUCCAAAACCUUACUUAGAUAUUCAACCUACGUAUGGCACUGCGUUAGAAUCAACUUUGAACAAUUAUUUAAACAACUUUCGCCAGGAAGAUGGGACUAUUACUCAAAAGUGGGCAGAGUUAGCCGUUUCCGUCUUAGGAAGAGUUGAAAAAUCGAACUUUGUUCAAUUGAAUAAAGAUUGCGUGACAUUCGAAUUAAACUAUAAAUAUGAUCGACAUCAAAUUCUCAUGAGACGCGAUAAAGAGAACGUGUUAAACAACCUAACUGUAAAAGAAUCGGACACUAUUGCCAAGAGCACAAAAAUAUCUGAAUGCAAUGUGCUACCUGAAGUAGAAGACAUGAUGUCGAAAAUAUUAGAUUGUGUAGAAAUAAGCUUAAUUCAAGAUAACAUAUACAACAAAGACGAAAAUGAGUCUAACAUCUUAAAAGAUUUAAACUCGAGCUACACUGAUAAUAACGUUAAAACGAAAAGGAGGUACUGUGAAUUAGACAGGUUGGACGUCACAGUUAUAACUAUGCCUGAAAUCAAAAAACUAGAUGUUAAUCAAUGCGGGAAAGCACACUGCAGGUUAGGAUGUAUUUGUGUCUCUUUAGAUGGCACGCAAAACUUAAGCCAACAUUGUGGCCGAGUUCGGUGUAUGUUCGAAUGCAAAUGUGGUUAUAGCAACAAAAGUGGUUUGUUAUCUGCAAGAGAUAAUGAUCUAGAAUGUAUUUCUAAUCUAGACAAGAAAAUAAAUGUAAAAUUAGCCAAAGAGGAAAAAAAGUUUCAUCAAACGGUUAUAGUAACUGGAGAAAAACGAAUACUAUUAAAGGCAGAAAGAAGAAACUGUAAAAUACCAGAAAAAUAUGCUGAGUUCUAUAACAAUAUUCGUAUUAAACAAGAAAACCAGAAAAAUCUUGCGGUAUCGAUAGUUAUACCCAAAUUUAACUUUGAAAAUGUAGUACCGUGGUGCAUGGUUCAUAAAUUAUACAAGUGUUUUUGUAAAGGGCGUUUCACAGAUACAGGCGAGUCACUGAAUAAUGGAACUGAUAUAGCACCAUCUUUAGAGCAUAGUGUGAAUGUUGUGAAAGACCAAUGUACAAAUAGCUCUAUAAAUACAUCUGAAAGUUUAAGAAUAGAUCAAGAUGACAAGAUAAAAAGAAAAGAUAGGCCUAUUACUCCAGUCAAAAUUACAGAAUCUUUGGAGGUCACUUCAGCUGUCGAUAACGCAAAGUAUAAAACUAGGUUUUCAGUAAGAAAUUUAGAAAAAGCCCCUAAUUACAAUGAUGAAUUAACCGAAGAAAUUUAUACGUGCGCAAGAAUAAUGCCUUACGAAGGUAGAAAAUUUAGCGAUGGUUAUUACAGGCAUACUAAUAACAAAAUAUUAGAAAUGGAAAAAAAUGACAAAAGGUUACAAGACAGAUUAGCUGUUCUUAACCAGGACCAGCAUGAAGUUAAAAGUAAAAAUAAAUCACGCAUUAAUACCACUAUUGAUUCAUCUAUUUUGGAUAUGCUGUAUAAGGAAGAUGAAACGAAUCCAUUAACAAUUGAAAAAAAUGAAACUAUUACCUCUCAAACAAAGCGUAAAAGGUUGUCCAGUAAAACAAAACUAGUAGCUUGGUUAGAAGCCAAUUACAAAUUGUACAAAGAAAGAAGUGACCAAGGUCUAAUAAAAAAAUCACUUGAACCACCAAAGUUGGGAAAAAUAGUGCUCCAUUCAUGGGAGUUUAUAUUAAACAGAUAUAGGGAACAAAAAAAUUUGUUUUUGAUAUCUCAACAGAAACCUUUCAGAAUUUUUAUGGCAGUACAUACACGUCACCCAUUUUUUGAUAAUUGUUUGAAUAUUAAUGAUAUUCGAUUUGCUGAUUUACAUAAAUAUCCACAAACAGUUAAAAAUUUACUUAUUAAUGCAACUGACUUAAAAGAUUUCUUUUGUAUAUUACGGGGUUUAGCAUUCUGUUGGGAACUAAUUGGUUCCGUUGCCAAAAUAAAUGAAGAUGUAGAUGGUCAAGAAAUUAACGUAGAAUCGUCAGGAAAGGAAACGUUUGUUAUAUACGACAGUGAUGAUUCUUCGGAAGAUAAUACAUCGCUUGAAACAUGUAAUAAAAAGGCAGAAGAAAGAUCAUUAGAAAUUUCAGACGAAACUAUUGCAUCGAAAUGGUUUGUCAUGACAAUAGAAAAUGAUUUCUCAGAAAUUCGAUUUCCUGAAAAAGGAUUCUUUGUCACGCAUAAAAGUAUUAUGAAAGUAAUUUGUAUGGCUCGCCUAGCUAAUAAAACAGUGCGUCUGUCUUCCAGACAAUGUGUGGAGGAAAGCGAAAAUCCUUCCUUUGGAAUUUACGCAAUGCCCAACACUAAUGAAAAUUGUGUAUUGGUUGGCCCGUAUGAACUGAAAGAUCCCUUAGGAAUCGAGACUGUUAAAACAUUUUUAGACUUUAAAUCUUAUCAUACAAAAAUGACUUCAACUAGAGGUUUUUGGAUGAAAACAAGCAAAGUCGAUAAUUUACAAGUAGUAGAGAAUCCGUUAUCAUUUAUGUCUCUUGCUAACCCUCAUAGUAAGCACUCAAUACCUUUAGAAAACCAUUGCCUCGAGGAAGGAGGUUUUCAUCAAAAUCACAUAUUUCCUGGAAAUCAUGAUAAAAUUGAGAAACCAAAGCCAUCAAAUUCACCACAAAAGGUUGUCAAACCCAUUAAGAUACGUAAGACAAAUGGUUUUUAUCAUCUCGCAUCGGACGGUGUGUUGAAAAGAAUAGCGUUACCACCAAACCUUGCUAAAGCUAUGCCAGUUGUACUAAAUACGUGUUUAAAUACUGGGAAUGGUUCAGUAUUGCAACCGGCAGCGAAUAAUAUGAAAAUCGUCCAAUUUUCUCCAAUAAAUUCAAACAUUAAAACUACUUCGUUAGAGUCGAAUGUCAGAAGUAUAACAUUACAGUCAAAUGUUAAUGCUACACCAUUUCAUGUUAAUAGUAUAACCUCAGAGGCAAAUCACGAAACGACACAAUUUGAGUCAAAUACUGAAACUGAAUCGUAUGUUAUUAAUACACCUGAAAAAGAAGUUGAUACAUUUUCAUUACAAAACGAGAAUUCUCCGAAGAAACAAGAAAGAAUGUUUGUUCUAAAACCUGAGGAAAUUAAUAGGAAGCUUUUACAAGAAAGUACAAGUUCCAUGUCAACUGCAAUAGCUGUAACUGAGUAUUGUUCUGAGGAUGAGCCAUCAAACGUUAAUAUGACGGAAUUACUCCUAGAAAAUACAUCUGAAUCUGAGUAUUUGGGUGCAAGUAAUGAUGAUGUCUAUGUUAUUUCGGAUGAUGAUGAGUCAAUUACGGAAUUCAAGACAGAAAAUGAUCUCAGGGACGUAUGGAUAGAAUGCACAAAUGUCAUAGAUCUUGGCUGGAUUACAGGCAGAAAAAAUUGUUACAAUUUGCUGAGUUUUAAGUUUCCCGGAUAUGAUUAUUCUGAGUUUUACCCUGAGGAUAGAGUAUUCUUCUACAUAAAUGCAAAAUUGUGUGAAAUGAGUAACAGUUCAAUGUCAAAAGAAAUAAAGUGGAAAGUUGUCGAAUCACCCGAGCAACUCAGAGGAAGCGAAAUUGAUCCGGAAAAAAUAUUAAGCAUUAAUGUACAUUAUAAGGAUGGGCAGCUAACAAGUGAUGCAUUCGAAAUUGACAGGGAUAACUUAAGAACUUAUAAGAAUAAAACACGGAAAGUCAAAACCAUUUCUCCCUGUUUUCAGCCUUCCUUUUCCAGGGAACAGGAAUCUACUGCACAGAUUGACUUGCCCGACGUGAAAGAAACUUUUGUAACCAGGAAAGUGCAACAUUAAAUUUAAAUGGUUUCCGAAAUAUUGGAAUAUCUUUAGUUAUCUCCAUUUUAAGAGAUGUUUGACUGAUUGUAAACUAUUACGUUUGUUGUAAAGAAGUGAUGAUAAAAUCUAGGGGUUUUCGUGAAAUUCCGUAAUUAAUAAGACUUUGACAACAUUAUUUUAUUGUUCGACAUUGUAUAUAAGUACUUUCGAUACUUUUAACUUAUUACCUGGUUUACUACGUGCACAGUUUGUAGGAUCUAUGUUCACUUUCUAGAAAUGUAACUUAACGGAAAUCUUAAUAGCGGAGACCAGUAAUUGUUUUACAUACUACCUUCAUGUUAAUGUACAAAUUAUGUACCCUAGUACUAAGAAUUCGAACCUAUAUCCCAUUAAUGACUUUUUCUAGAUAGCUAGAUAAAUGUAAUUACAUAUAUUGUAUGUUUCACAUCAUUAUUUCUGUAGUAAGUAGGUAUAGUGUACGGGCAAUUCUGGUUUGCGCGUGUCAGCAAUAGCAGUGUUAUAAAAAUGUUAAAUCAACCUUCUAUCAAUGUUGUGCUUAGCUGGAAAAACCUCGUACAAGCGCGGCGUUAUGUGAAGUUAGAAAUUAUUUUUCUGAUAGACUGUUAUAUAUACGAUGGUUUUGAUUGUGCUGAACAUAAGCUAAACUUUCCCGUUUAAUAUCACUUUUGUGCAUUGAAAUCUACAACUUUUCCAAAACCGCAAUAGACUAUUUUGAAAAAAAAAAAUGUAUCACAUGCGCUAUUUUAGUUUAGUCUCUGUUCAGCUGAAUCAGUUCCAAAAUUGUGCUUAGUGUCGUUUGUCUGUGUAGUGUGUACUAGCUUACAAGCUUUAGGUGUGUAGUAUGCGUAAAAACAUUUGAAUAUUCUAGAAUAGAACUGAGAAUACAAGCAAAAACAGCAGACUUAUAAAAUUGCAUUUCGUUAUUAGUAAAGCAAACUAUCUGUGAUAAGUAUUACAAAUUGAACAUCCUUUAUUACAAGAAUAGAGAUUGUUAACUAAGUCUGAAGUAAAGAUUAUUUUUAAGGUACUACUUAAUGAAUUACUUUGAUUACCUAGUUAUGGGCCGCUGCGCCGACUGCCAUUGUGCGCCAUUCGCGCGCUAGAUCCCGCAUGGGACCAUUUUAUUUAUGCUUUCUAAAACAGUAGAUUUAACUUUGAAAGCAGUUUUCUAGUGUGAAAGUCGUUACGUACCUACAAUUGAAUAUCUUGUGAUAAAUUAGUUAAGUUUUAAUAUAAUUUACCAAGGGGUUGUACCUUUUUAAGAUCUUUUAUUGUCUUAUGCUUUUCAUAUUAUACAAUAAAAAAGCGUCGCCAACCACGGAUGCUGCAUGAGCCAUAUGUAACAUUGUGGUAUUUCGAGCGAAGCGAUGAGAUCUAAAACCUUAGGGUCCGGGUCCGGCACAGAUUACGAGAACAGAGUAGUAGUUUUCUAUGGGAUUCUAUGGGACUAUCUGACCGAUACUUUAAGUGUUUUCAAAUGUCUUAAAUAAAUCCACUAAGCUUUGAUUAUAAUGUGUGUAGCAUGUUAUGUGGGUUGUCAUUCCGAAAUUAAAGAAAUAUAAGUUUUA